CUGACGGAACAUCCUCCGGAGCAGGAGACGAAGCUUGCGGAGCCGCGGGUCCGGCUGGAGAGACGGGGGACGCCGGGCUGAUCGGCUGGAGCCCCGGGGGCUGAAACAUGGGCCUGCUGGCGAGGGUCCGGAAGGAGUGGUUCAUCAUCGGCAUCGUGCUGGUGAUCCUAUCCGCCAAACUGCAGCCAGGCUUCGGCGUGAGAGGAGGUCCACUGAAGCCAGAGAUCACCAUCGCCUACGUCGCCGUCGCACUCAUCUUCUUCAACAGCGGCCUGUCGCUGAAAACCGAGGAGUUGACGAGCGCGCUGCUUCACGUGCGCCUCCACCUCUUCGUGCAGUCGUUCACGCUGGUCUUCUUCCCGCUGGCCAUGUGGCUGCUGCUCCGAGUGCUGGGGCUCACCUCCAUCGACCAAUGGCUGCUCAGAGGGUUACAGACGGUGAGCUGCAUGCCCCCUCCGGUGUCGUCCGCCGUUAUUCUCACCAAGGCGGUCGGAGGCAACGAGGCGGCCGCCAUCUUCAACUCUGCGUUCGGGAGCUUCCUGGGAAUCGUCGUGACUCCGGUGCUGCUGCUGAUCUUCCUCGGCUCCUCAUCGUCCGUUCCCUUCUCCUCCAUCUUCUCUCAGCUCUUCAUGACGGUCGUGGUGCCGCUGGUCCUGGGUCAGGUGUGUCGAAGGUUCCUCAGGGAGUUUCUGGAGAGGAAGAAGCCUCCGUUCGGCGCCGUCAGCAGCGCCGUCCUCCUCAUGAUCAUCUACACCACGUUCUGUGACACGUUCAGCAACCCCAACAUCGAGCUGGACCCCACCAGUCUGCUGCUGGUCGUCCUCAUCAUUUUCUCCAUCCAGCUCAGCUUCAUGCUGCUCACGUUCACCUUUUCUACCAGGGCUGGUUCAGGAUUCAGUCCUGCAGACACUGUCGCCAUCAUCUUCUGCUCCACACACAAAUCAUUAACCCUGGGCAUCCCCAUGCUGAAGAUCGUGUUCGAGGGCUACGAGCACCUCUCCCUGAUCUCGGUUCCCCUGCUGAUCUACCACCCGGCUCAGAUCCUGCUCGGCUCCGUCCUGGUGCCGACCAUCCGCAGCUGGAUGACCACGCAGCAGAAGUCUAGUCUGUUGUUGAGAUAGGGCCGCGUUCCAACACUACUGUCCUGUGGCGAAGACGCAGCCGCCGCUCCAGCCCAUCUGACGGAGAGGGAAUCGGUGUUUCCAUGGUUUUUUGCACUGCGAUACAAAGUGGACUGUGGCGGAGUCACGUGUGCCUUACAGCAACCAAUCAACAGAGACCUCAGCGUGGCGAAGGAGACGAGUUGCCUUGAUUUUCUCAGUUUCUACGUGAAUUGUAUUUCCAACUUUUAUAUUUAAAAGAAGCUAAAGUACAUGAUUUAUUUUUGUAUGGAAUAACCCAAAAGAAUCCUGUUUGGGUUUUUUUUGUAACGAAGAGGGUUUGUUAUGAAUAACACGCCAACGGGGACGUGGCGGGUGGAGUUACUGGGACCAUUGAUUUUUUUUUUUUUUUUUUCUUGCUAUUUUCUACAUUUUUCUACAAAUGUGAAUGAUUCCCGCACUUAACUUAUCGAUAUAAUCAAACUAAUGCUGGACGAUCCGACUUUAAAUGUACGGUGGAAUAUUGACAGCUUGUUUUGAUUGUUUUACACUUUCAGAUAUAAGCUUUUGUAUUUGUGGAGGAAGGAGCAGUCCUGAGGUGAAGGACUAAUGUUGAACGAAUGAUCGAUCCAAAUAACGAAGGUACAACAUGCGCACUGUUGUAAUGAAUCUAAUUUAACAACCAAAAUAUCAUCGUUCUUCCCGGAUCUAUACACAUUCUUAGGUUUCCUUUUUUUUUUUUUUACAUUAUUCACAAAUGUACUUAAACUGUACGUAUAUUUGUUCUUUUCUACGUUAUUUGACGUACACGUCUGAUUUGGACCAAGCAGGAAGCAAGAGGAGAUUUCCAGAACCACACAGUUUACUCUACUUAUGUCCUGACCUCAUGUAGUGUUGCUUGUCAGAAAAAUUUAACAUUUUGAAAUAAAACAUUGUGAGUAAUUUGUGAAACUCGACAGUUUUCAAUACAAACAAAACAACAAAUAAACAUUUAAACAGACAUGGACGGCCGUCCUCAGAUUGACACAUUGUUGAAACAUGUACAUUCAGCCCUUUUAUAGGCUGCUUUCUCUAUGUUGUUGCUAUCUCUAUGCUAAAUCUGUGAGAGAAAGGAAUAAGGAGUAUCAAAUACAGAAUGUUGGUUAGUUGUGCCGCUUUCUUUGCUGCUUGAGCAUUACCUGUUGAAACAGAAUCAACUUUAGUUUGAGCUUCUCACUUACAGUCAGAUAUCACUGUAGGGAGUAAAAAUGGCUCUUAAUAGAAUUAGGUUGUUGCUCUGGCAGUAUAGAAUAUGGCAUUAACGAUGCCAUAUUCUAUACUGGUCUUAGACAGAGAGGCUGAUCCAAUUCCAAGCUAUCUAAUUUCUUUGAGGAGAAAUAAGCCCCUGGUCGUUGCACUAUACUGUUGUCAUGUCAUGUAGACGGAUCCGUGCUCUCCUUCCGAACGACGUAUUGCUGCUCACAUUCGUAUCAUUUUGUCUUGGUGGGUCUACAAAUUAAUCUGUAUGUAUAAUUUUUCCUUUUGUUUAUUCCGUCAACUGAAAACUUUAAAUCCAUUUUAAAGAGAUGAAUGUUAGAGAAGCAGGAAGAAUCUGAAAUGUAGGCGACGUUUAAAGUGCGAUUGAUUUUCCAGCUGUUUAUUUUUACAAUUUUGAAGAUGGUGAGUUUGGUAUGUAUGGGUAUUGUUUAUUUAAAAAAAACAACUAUAAGGAAAUAAAAACUUUACAUUCUA